AUGACUAAAGUUUCAAUUUCAAUUAUCGGUCUCAGUGGCCUUUUAGGACCUCCAGUUUUAGAAGCUAUUAAUUCUGGCUUAUUUGAUAAUAAAAUUAAAUUCCCCGUUAAAGCAUUAUCAAGAAAACAUCAAACUUCCACUGAAAAAGUGGAAUACAUUCAAACUGAAUUGACUAAUGAUGUCAUUCCAUUCAUUGUUGAAUCCUUAACUGGGGUUGAUGUUAUCAUUGAAUUAGUGACUCCAAUUCCAACUUUAUUAAACACUCUUGAACAAAUUGUUGAAAAAGUUGCCCCUAAGAUUUAUAUUCCUUCUCAAUUUGGAGUUGAUAUUGGACAAGUUGCGACUUAUUCUCCUGGAUUUUUAUCAAACAAAUCCAAACAUGCUAAUGCUAUUAAAAAUCCAAACGUUAAGACUAUUGAUGUUGUUACGUCAUUAUUCGCUCAUGAAGGUAGUUUCUUAUAUGAAUAUGUUGGUCUUGUUGGUAUCAAUACUGAAGAUAAAACCAUUGUUCAAAGAGGUUCUCCAUCAACUAAAUUUUCCAUUACCAAGGUUAGAGACAUUGGAUUUUCAUUAGUUUCAAUUGCUACUUUACCAGUAGAAACUAUUCCAACUCCAUUUAGAAUCCUGAGUGAUAUUAUCACUUAUCAAGAUGUUAUUGAUAGAUAUGAAGCUAGUCAUAACGUAAAAUUAAGUACCGUUAAAACUCUCACUAAGGAGGAAACAUUACAAGAAUUGAACCUGAAUUUCACCAAAGACUUUAACUUUACUGAUAGUGAUUUCACCAUGGAUAAAUUCGUAUUAUAUGUUAAUGAUAUUAUUGCUCAAGGGUUUAAUAAGGGUGCUGAUUUCACUAAUAUUCAUAAUGAAUUAAUCAAUCCAAAGGAAUCGUUAUGGAAAUGGAGUAAAUAUUAG